UAAAUUAUCGUUCUAUCAGUUUCAGUUUAAUGUCUUCACGAUGGCAUAGCUUUCUAAUAGGCUUCCGACCUGUAGAGACUCAGCCUGUUCCCCCUCAUCGUAAGAAUCCCUAUAACAUCUUGAUUCUCGGUUUUGAUUCUACAUCCCAUUAUGGAUUCAUGAGGAAAAUGCCCAAGAGUUACAAGUUUCUGUCCGAAAAAGCAGUCAUCAUGGAAAGCUACAACAUCGUGGGAAGCGGUACACCAGGAGCGUUGUUUCCGCUACUUACAGGCAAGCCAGUAGAAGAACACCCAGAUACUAGAAAAAGUAUAACGGAAACAAAAGUUGAUGAUAAAUCUUUCAUUUUCCAUCUGGUUAAGCAAUAUGGGUAUCGCACGGCGUACUUCGAAGACUCGCCAGAAAUAGGAACUUUUCAGUACAAGUAUAAUGGGUUUCAGCAUCAACCUGCAGACCACUAUCUCCGAGCGCUUCUAUUAGAGAAGGCAUAUCAUGAUCCACAUCGGUACCAAUACCACUGCCUAGGUGCUAUUCCGCAAUAUCAGGCCUAUCUGAAUCUCGCUAAUGAGUGCAUACAGCUAGAUGGCAACAAGUUUUGCUUUACGUUUAUCUCAGACAUCAGUCAUGACGACUUCAACCUGAUCUCAACUGCAGAUGAAGCAGUUCUCGCGUUCUUGGAAACUUUAAAUGGAAGGAAGGUUUUUGAAGACACUCUCGUUAUAGUAAUGGCAGACCAUGGACAUCGGCACUCAGCAUUCCGUUCAACGUAUCAAGGAAAAAUUGAGGAACGUACGCCUCUAAUGGCUAUCAUCUUACCAGAAAAGCUAAAACAACGUAGGCCGAAUGCCCUGAAAGCGCUUAGACAAAAUAAGGACGUGCUGACCACACACUAUGAUCUACAUACGACACUACUUGACGUGUUAGACUUGAAGGACUACAGCAAUAAGUACAAAGUGCCCGGCGCUGAUAUACCGAGAGCUAUGACUUUAUUAGAACCGAUACCUAGCAAUAGGACAUGCAGCGAGGCGGGUGUCAUGCAGCACUGGUGCGCGUGCGCCGUGUGGGUCAACGUGACGCGCGCGUCGCCCAUGUACGCGCGCGUCGCCAACGUGCUGGCAGACUAUAUCGACAGCCUCACUCUACAACAACGGUCUAAGUGCGCAAGACGUAAACUUCAAUCCAUAGUAACCGUGUUGCAGCGUACCGUUAACAAUCACCUUUUAAAAUAUGGAAUUGACGCGUCAGAUCUUACAAAUCCUACAUUCGAACCACCAAGAGCACCCAUGGAAUACUAUCAAGCGCAGAUUAUAUUAAGUCCUGCUCGCGCUGUGUUCGAAGGUACACUAACGUAUAAUACGAGGGCGGAUGCCUUCACGAUGUCAACUAACUAUAUUUCUAGAAUAAGCACGUACGGAGAUGAGUCGAAAUGUAUAACGGCCUCACAUCCCCACCUGGGGCCAUUUUGUUAUUGUAACGAUAGGAAAACACCACAAGCAUGAGGUAGCUCCUGCAGCAAUUAUUUUGAAUUUGGUAUAUUAUUCUGAU